AUGGUUGAUCCCAGACUGAUGAUCUAUUUUCUGUUCAUUGUGGUAAACGACGGAUUUAAUCUCUCGUACAAUGAACCAAAUCUCUCGGCUUGUCCUUCUUGGAAUCCACGUGCUAUCACUUUGGUCAAUUCAUUUUCUCCACACUUCACACCGAUGAAUGUUCAUGUCAAUCGCAAGAACACAGUCUUUGCGACUGAUUAUUCCAAACAUCGGAUCUUGAUGUGGUUGGAAAACAGUACUGAUCCGCAAAUCUUCAGCUCUGAAGAGAUGUUCCUCCCGAACUCGAUCUUUGUCAGCAGCAAUGACCUCAUUUACAUUAGUAACGAAGAAGAUGGACAUGUCAUCGAAUAUUCGCUGGAGACAGGGACUACGCAGUCUAUCAUUACGUUCACAAGCACUUGUGAUGGUCUCUUUAUUGAUAUCGAAGAGAAUCUGUACUGUUCGUUGUCUUUUGGGAAUCUGGUGAAGAAAAGAGCUUUGAAGAGUGUGGGGAUCGAACCAAUAAACGUGGCCGGAAACGGUACUUCUGGUGAUGCUUCAAAUUUGCUUUUCUUUCCUCAAGGAAUCUUUGUUGAUACCAAUUUCGAUGUGUAUGUGGCGGAUUGUGGUAAUAAUCGAAUUCAACUCUUUCGAUCAAAUCAACCCACCGGUAUCACAUUGGUCGGAAGAAGGCCAUCGAUCUACCAAAUCUCACUCUAUUGCCCCGCUGGAAUCGUUCUGGAUGCAGACAAACGGCCUUAUAUUGUGGACCGCCACAAUCAUCGUAUUGUUGGUCCGGGACCCAGUGGCCUUCGAUGUCUGAUAGGUUGUGAUGAACGUAGUACACUAUCCUUUGAACUGAGUCAACCCCGGAGUCUUAGUUUCAAUGGCUAUGGGGAUAUCUUUAUCGCAGAUACGUAUAAUAAUGGAAUUCAAAAGUUCAUUUUGUCGAAAACCCCAUGCGAUCUAAUUCCAUUCCUUUUCACAACAUCAGUCACUGUGACAUUAAGUGAAACUAGUCAAAGAUUUUCUCGGAUGUGCGACACGGAUAAUCAGUAUUAUUAUGAAACUUUCCAAGUGACUGUCAAUGUCAGUGGAAAUUAUGUAGUGCGACGUUUUGGAAUGGAUAGUUUAUAUGCUUCUUUUUACACGAACACUUUCAAUCCAUUAAAACCGUUGGAGAACCGAUCAGAAGAGAUUUUUGAACUUCUUCCUGCCCAUCGUGAAAUUCCAGUCUUUCUCGAAAUGAAUCGAAUCUACAUAUUAGUAGUCACAACAAGGGAUCCAGCUAAUACUGGAACAUUCGCGUUCGAAGUAUCUGGCCCAAUCAAUGCCAUUAUUGGACAUAUCGAGAAUCCAUUGAUAAUUCAACUGCAAUUCUCCUCACAAUUCACUUCGAAUAGUUCGACGUUUUCUCGAGAUUGUCGACAGCCCAACUAUUACUAUGAAGCGUUUGAAAUUGAGGUGACAACUGCGGGCAGCUAUAUCCUUUGGAGUGUCGGUACGAUGGAGACAUUCGGUUACAUCUAUGAAAAGCAAUUCGAUCCAUUGAAACCAUUUGAGCAUUUACUUCUUCAGCACAGUGGAGACUGCAAUGACGGACAAUUCAAAUUGAUCACCAACCUUCAGACGAAUAGAAAAUACAUUCUCGUUGCCACAACAUACGAUCUCAAUGUUAAAGGAAACUUUUCUGUGAUCGUCGCAGGUCCUCAGAACAUCUCAUUCAAUCUUUACAAAGUACAACAUCCAAGCUGUGUUCUUGGCCAAGGAUGUCGAUCGACCAUCAAAAGUAUUGGAAUCACUCUGGAUGAUAUUCUACAGGAUCAAGUGCGAGAAGGAACUGUACUGACUGAUCAACCACUGUCUGUGCAAUUGAGCGCAGCUUUGACAAUGAUUAUGUUGGUGGGAGGAUUGAUCAAUGGCGCUUGUUCUCUCUUCACAUUCAUUAACAAGGAUCUUCGGCAAACGGGAUGUGGAAUCUAUCUUUUCGCCUCGUCUAUCACAUCUUUACUGACCGUAGGUAUCUUCACGUUGAAGUUUUGGUUCCUCAUUGUUUCGCAAACGAAGAUAUUGAUCAACGUCUCUGUUCUUCGUGCUGGCUGUGUGUUCAUCGAAUGUUUUCUGAAAGUGUUGAUCCAUUUGGAUAGUUGGUUCAAUGCUUAUGUGGCUGUUGAACGAGCCAUUCUUGUUUUCAAAGGAGUUCAUUUCGAUAAGAAGACAAGUCAACGUUGGGCAUACUGGCUAGUUUUCCUUUCACCUUUCUGUAUUCUCUCUACUUUCAUUCAUGAACCUCUUCAUCGGAAACUCUUCGAAUAUCAACCCGAGAUCAAGAAAGAAUAUCUGAACGAAACAGUGGAUAACGUCACAAGAAUAGUUGAGUAUACCAAUGAAACUAAGCAGAGUGAUGUUUGGUGUGUGACCAGUUAUUCGCCUUCUGUUCAAACUUACAAUACAAUCAUUCAGUUUAUUCAUCUACUUGGUCCGUUCACUCUGAAUCUCUUCUCUUCUCUAUUCAUUAUUUUCGGUGUCGCUCGACAAAGAUCCAACGCUCAAACUCGUCAAACAUAUUUUGAACAUGUUCGUGAACAAUUCCAUGAACACAAAAGAUUAUUAAUCAGUUCAGUGACUUUGAUGAUUUUAGCCUUGCCUCGUUUGAUUCUCGCGUUACUCCCUGGAUGUCUCAACGUCUCUGAUCAUCUCUGGUUGUAUCUCUUCGGAUAUUUCGUUUCCUUCACUCCGUCGAUAUUGAUCUUCAUUGUCUUUGUCGUGCCAUCCAAAUCGUAUCUGAACACUUUCAAAAAGACUUUGAAGACCUGUUCACGAAAGCACUUGAUUCUUUGA